GAUGGAUUGGGAAAACGCACCUGAAAUCGUCCAGUGGCUCAGAUUUCCUGCUACAGCAUCGGUCAUCGGGACCUGCUGUACAAUCUGGUACCUCAUUUGGAGGAAUCGCCUCGAUUAUGUUGAUCUAGGAAGUAGCUACAGGUUUGUUGUUAUCGAGAAACAAUGGUGGAGGACGCUCAGCGCUUCUCUGUCUCAUAUAAACCUUGUUCACCUUGGGUUCAACAUGUUCUCAACCUGGCAGUUGAGACAUGCAGAGCAAAUACUAGGAUCUCUGGAAUAUCUGCGAUUUACCUUGGUAUUCCUUUUGCUCUCAGUGAUUUUUCAGAAUGCAAUUCAUCAUGUGCUGCUUCGUACACCAUCUGCUGAGUACACUCUUAACACGGUUGGUGUUGGUUUCUCUUGUGUUGUCUUUGCUUGGAUGACCUGGAUGAGUUUGCUUACAAGUGGGCAAUCUUUGGAUUUCUUGUUCUUCAGGGUUCCGUACAAUAUGUCUCCUUUCGCUUCUCUUAUCUUCACUCAAUUGAUGAUCCCACGAGUCGACUUCAUCGGUCACCUGUCUGGCAUCAUAGCGGGUUAUUGGCAGGGGUGGGGCCUCAAUGCGUGGCUGGAUGGCUACUGGACGGUUCAGAUUCUUGUUCUCUAUUUUGUCGGAUGUGUUUGCUCUUUGCAUUGGUCUGGAAAAGAGGUACAUCAUGAUCCAUUGGCGAUUUGUUUUGGUGGUUCCUAA